CAUGUUUCUCUUCUUCUCUGCAAUCUUUCUUUUCAGGGGUUGUAUCUGUUCAGUGGAAAUAAAGGUGGGAGCGGCUUUGUUGGAUGAUUCUUUUAGUCAGUCUCCACUUACCGUGCAAACUUUUGGAGGAGCUAUCAAUAUUGCAUUGGAAGAUUGUAGACGAAAUGACCUAGUGAAUCGAACCUACAAAUUAAGUCUGGUUUGGGUAAAUGACUUUUGCGAUUCGAGAAAUGGACCGAAGGUACACUUUGAUCUUAUAGAGCAAGAGAAAGUUGAUAUACUAUUAGGAACUGUUUGUUCUUGGGUUACCAAACUCACAGCACCUUAUGCUCUAUAUAAAAAUAUCAUGGUUUAUAGUAUGUCUUCUGCUGAUCGAGAUUUACAAAACAAAACUAUCUACGCUAAUCUUGUUAGAGCCGGAGCUCCGAAUAUCGAUACAAUUGGCUUCAGUGUUGUUAAGGUAUUAGAACACUUCAAUUGGAAGACAGUAUCAAUUAUGAGUGUAUCGGAAAAUUAUUGUGGUUUGGGUAUAAAAUCUGUAGAGAAUAUCAUCAGAAAUCGUAAAGAUUUCCGCUUGGCAGAGACUUUUUUAAUGAAACUGAACGAUUCAAAAGAUGCCUUAGAAUCAGCGCUACGUAAAAUUUCCAUGACUUCCAGAAUUGUCGUUGUCUGUUUGAGACAAAUUCAGAUAAGGGAAAUGAUCCAGAUCGCUAAUAAGCUCGGAAUGUCGGCUAAUCAGUACAUUUUUCUCUAUUUUACUCUAGUUCCAGAUGAGUUUACGGUCAGACCUUGGGGCAAUAUUAUUAAGAAUAAUGAAGAAAAAAAGAUUAAAGACGGCUUUGAAUCAUUAAUACAAUUAACUCUUAGUUCUCUAGCCGGACCGACAGUUGAUAAGUUUCUAAGCAGAAUUCCGCUCGAGUCAUCCAAGUAUCCAUUCUAUAAGAGGGAAUAUUUGGAGAAAAAUUGGACAGUAACUGGUUAUUCGGUGUUUGCCUACGAAGUCACCUAUUUACUCUGUAAUAUCAUAAACGAAACUGUUUCUCAAGGGAAAAGCGUUAAAGAUAUUGAUUGGAUGAUGAGUAUUACCAAAAAUAGAAAGUUCAAAACAAAAUUUGGAGAUGGUACUAUCGACUCUAAUGGCGAUAGAUUGCCCAAUUAUUUGCUUUGGAGAUACGAUACAACUACGGGAUCGUAUCGUCAAUGGCUGAAUAUUACCUUUAAUACGGAAAUUCACUCAAACAGGUCCGAAAUAAAUACUAUUUAUAACCACAAGUGGUCAACAAAGAACCAGCUACCUCCCCCUGAUAUUCCUCUUUGCGGCUUUAAACACGAAUUAUGCCCGCCAACGCCUAAAGGUUCAAUAAAGAUGACACAAUUAUGA